GAAGAAACUCUCUGAAACGGCUUUGAAACCCCACAAUCAGGAAAUACCAUUCAAACUCGCCACAGCUGGUGCUUUGUUGAGCACUUUCUCCGUUAAACCGAUUCUUACCAAGUUGAAAACUUUUUUGUCUUGAGAGAAGAGAUGCGGGUGGUAAACAGUCUGGCCGAACCGCAAACCCACUAACGGUGCCGAAAAACCAGCACAGAGAAAACAGCGUCUGGAGCGACAAACAUCAUCACGAUCCGCUGUGUCUGUUGACCGACUGAGCAGUAUGUUGCAGUGGAUGAGUGAAGUGUUCUGGCAGGAGCGUCUGUGGUUCCCAGAGGGUUUGGGAUGGGCUGACCUGGAGGACCGUGAUGGGCGGGUCUAUGCGAAGGCACGGGAUUUGUGGGUGGCAUUGCCAAUCGCCGUCCUGUUUAUGGCUGUUCGACCAGUCUUUGAGAGAUAUGUUGCUACACCAGUAGCCUCUCUGCUGGGCAUUAAGGAAACGGUCAGAAGGCGAGUUACACACAACCUAACACUGGAGUCCUACUUUUGCAACACAACUAAAAAACCCCCACAGAGUUCAGUUGAGAAACUGUGCAAGCAGACGGGAUGGACAGAGCGACAGGUCCAGUGUUGGUUCAGGCGGCGCAGGAAUCAAGACAGACCCGAGCUUCUCAAGAAGUUUUGUGAGGCCAGCUGGAGAUUCGCCUUUUAUCUUCUCGCCUUCAUUGGUGGUCUUGUUGCACUGAUAGACAAACCCUGGUUGUACGAUCUAAAGGAGAUGUGGAAAGGGUUCCCCACUCUGAUCCUCCUGCCGUCUCAGUACUGGUACUACAUGCUGGAACUGGGUUUCUACACCUCACUUCUUUUCAGUGUGGCAUCUGAUGUCAAACGUAAAGACUUCAAAGAGCAGAUCAUUCAUCAUGUGGCCACCAUCAUGCUGAUCAGUUUCUCCUGGUGUGUUAAUUACAUCAGAGCGGGAACGCUCAUCAUGUUCAUGCAUGAUUCAGCUGACUAUCUACUAGAGUCAGCUAAGAUGUUUAACUACGCGAGAUGGAAGAACGCAUGCAACUACAUCUUCAUCCUGUUUGCUGCGAUCUUCAUCGUCACACGCCUCAUCAUCUUCCCUUUCCGGAUCAUGUACUGUACGUGGGUGUAUCCCGUGACCCUGUACCCUCCUUUCUUUGGAUAUUACUUCUUUAACGGGCUGCUGAUGGUUCUGCUGUGUCUGCACAUCUUCUGGGCCGCUCUGAUCAUACGCCUGGCCUUCCGCUUCUUGAGCUGUAAUUCGUCGGUUGAAGACGAGAGGUCCGAUAGAGACGAGACGGAGUCCGAGGAGGACGAUGAGAUGAAAAAUGGAGAGAUAAAGAAAAACGGACCAGCUCAGAAUGGUCACGCUAACAACAACCACCACUCUAAAGCAGAGUGACGUCCCGAGAGGACAGGAGAAAUGCUCAAAAACACAAAGA